GAAUAUACAAAUCCGGAAAUUCGUGUCCUCGAAGAAUUCGGAUUAUAUCCGCACUAUAAAUACAGGAUACCUGAGGCGAUUUAUCUCACAAAUCCAUUCAACCAAGCCUUAGAACUCUCUCUCAGUGCUCUCUCUCUCUCUACGCACCAGCUUUCUUGCAACCCAUAUUCAUUGUCUUCCAAGCGAUCAUGGCUAGUUUCUGGAAAACAAUACUGGUCGUUUCUUUCUUGACGACGGCUCUUUGCGGAGUCUCCAUGGCUACCGUUUAUCAAGUCGGUGACUCUGCUGGUUGGACAAGCAUGGGUCAAGUUGAUUACCAAGAUUGGGCUGCCAACAAGAAUUUUCACGGUGGUGAUACUCUUGUCUUCAACUACAACAACCAAUUCCACAACGUGAAGCAAGUGACGCAUCAGGGUUUCGAGUCAUGCAAUGCAACAUCACCAAUAGCUACUUAUAACAACGGCUCUGAUACAGUCACUCUUGGAAAGCAGCUUGGCCACUUCUACUUCAUAUGUGGUUACCCUGGUCACUGUCAAGGAGGACAAAAGAUUGAUAUCCUGGUCGUCCGUGCAACAGCAAAUUUGAGUCCUGCUGCAUCACCUGGCAGCGCUUCAUCGUUUUAUUCUAGAAACCUGUCUUGGACUUUAGGUGUGCUAGGAUUCUGUCUCCUGGGAUUUGCUUAUUAGGAAGGUUUUCAAGUUGCCUGUCUUUUGCCAACCUCGAGGGGUUUUCUCGGUUUCAUUGAUGCAGUGCUUACUUUCUUUUUUCUUAUUUUAAUUAGCAAAGGGAUGAUUA